GCUCGCCGGUCGAUAGCUUUAUCACAAACGAAGAACCAGUCGCGUCCCCAGGCAAGAAAUCACAGUCAGUCACAUUCAAGGACACGAAGCCGGUCCGUUCGCUCUCGCAGAACAGCAAUGGUUCUACCCGCCAUUUCCGCUCCCCGCGAAUGUCCCUGCCUCGCCACAACUCGUUGCAGCUCUCUCUUACGCCCCCGCGUGCUACGAAGAAGCUCGAACCUAUCGGGAAACGGGUCGCGUUGGCUGUCUCUCCCGAAGUUUGCAACAGUAACGUUUCAGUUUCAAGGUCCAGCCCAGAUAGGUCAACCAAGCCAACUACAAGGAGCUCGAUCCAUAAGCUCACCAAACUCCAACGCCGUGUCUCCUCUCCAUCGACCUCUCCAUCAAUCGCAGCCGUGACUACCGAAUGUUCAAACGGCGGUUGCGACGACUGUGCAACCUCUGACGUGGCCUACGCACAUGUCCAUCAUAAGCACCGUGGCAAGUCUGACACUGUAACGAGCUGUGAGCCCUGCCCCUGCACCCGCUCUCGUUCGUCGCUCGCCAGACUCACCAACUUCCUUCGACCCAGCCCGGCGCUGCGGUAGACGCCACUU